UCCUCACAGCCUGGCACCGCGUCCAACCGCACGAUCCAGAUCCGACCGACCGCGUCCCCUCCGCCACGUCAGGACCGGCGCCGCCGUGCCCCGCUUUAACUGCCAUCUCCGCCGCCGCACGCCGUCGCCGUCCCGGUCUCGCUCGCCACGUACACGCAGCCACCGGUCACCAGCCAGGCCAGGCGGCCGGCGAAUUGUGCGCGGGGGAUCGGCGGGCGAUGGCGGCGCGGCGGGGCAGGGGGUGGGCGCGCGGCGCGGCGGCGUUCGCGGCCGUGGCGCUGGCGGUGGGCGCGGGCCGGCGGUACGGGUGGGACGGGGCCUCCGCGGUGGCGGCGUUCCGCGAGGCCCGCGGCGCGCUGGGGCCCUGGGCGGCGCCGGCCUACGUGGCCGCGCACGCGCUCACGCUCGCGCUCUGCCCGCCCUACGCCAUCUUCUUCGAGGGCGCCGCCGCGCUCCUUUUCGGCUUCCUGCCGGGCGUCGCCUGCGUCUUCUCCGCCAAGGUCCUCGGGGCCUCGAUCUCCUUCUGGAUCGGCAGGGCGGUUUUCAGAUAUUUCACUUCAGCAAUGGAAUGGCUACAGAGGAACAAGUACUUCCAUGUUGUGGUUAAAGGGGUUGAGCGGGAUGGCUGGAAAUUCGUAUUGCUUGCGAGAUUCUCGCCUUUGCCUUCCUACAUCAUCAACUACGCUCUAUCAGCCACGGAUGUUGGAUUUUUCAGAGAUUUUCUCCUUCCCACAAUUAUCGGCUGCUUACCAAUGAUACUACAGAAUGUGUCAAUCAUAAGCCUUGCUGGUGCAGCAGUGGCCUCCACUACAGGAUCUAAGAAGUCCCAUAUCUACUCUUACCUGUUUCCUGCAAUUGGCAUUGUGUCCAGCAUUCUAAUUUCUUGGAGGAUUAAGCAGUAUUCUUCUGCACUUGCUAUUCCUGAUGAGCUUAAGAGUGCACCUGCUAAUGGAAACUCCAACGAUGAUGCUAAGCUGGCUUCGCCAACAUCGACAAAUUCCAACACUGGGAAAACUAGGAAGAGAAGGUGAUUGGCAGUAUCGGCCCUGUAUUCACGGUUUACAUCAUCACAAUGACAUCCACGGAGUAUCAAGUAGCUACAGUCAGAUGCUAGUUAAAGACUUCAAUUUCGACAUUGGUGCACCACUACAGUAAGCAUAUUAUCUGUUUCAUGCCAUGAUUUUUUGGGGGCGUUUAACAGAUGCUGCCUUCUUGUUUCUAUCUUUGAGCUUCUCUUGUUGUGGUGGAUAAUACCGCAAGGUGAAUCAUAGAAGCUCACAUGUCGUAUACCAAGAGUAAUCUAGUGUUUUAGAUUUGGCUUAUUCGACUGUAUCCUGUAUUGAAACUCGAUGUAUGUCCAAACCGGUAAUCAGAUAUUCUUCUGGAUCAGAAUUCGAUUUCAGAA